AUGUCUGCGGGCGGCCACUACCAUCGACAUUACCAGCAGGCAUCCCCGCUUCCCCCCAAGCGACAGCGCGAGGAUUCGGAGGAAAAGGUAUCGAACAUUCGGUCGCUGCUUAACGACACUGACAGCGAUGCCAUGCUGCCUGCCACAAACAGCAGCAUGUCCAUCAACGUGUUGACGGCACAGCAUCCACAGCAGCACAAGCGCAGCGAGGCGAGAAUGGCCCAGUACGUUAAGCCCGUGUAUCGGCCAAGCCACUAUAACGAGAGCCGUCAACAGAUUGCUAUGCGUUCCGGGUGCCUUCAUCAGCAGCAGCCACUUGUGGUCCAGCCCAUCGCCUCGGGUAGCUUCAGGGUCCAAUCAGGAUCUGAUGCAUCGGUCCAGCAGCAGCAGCGGCAACAGCGCCUGUCCCAAGGCAUUAUGCCUGCGACUGCCAAUGGCACCGGGCAAUCAGCAGCACCUGUCGGUUUUGUCGGUCACCCACGAGCCGAACCCGACCCAUCGUCGGAUAAACUGGCGACUGGAGAUUUGCCGCCAGCGAUUCGUGAACCAACAGACCCAAUAGAUCGCCCGCGUCACCCAAUUCCGACGCUGGUCACAAAAGUGGACUCCGCAAACCAGCAGCCCCAAUUACACGAACCCGGUUCCGCGGUUGAUCACUUUACAACUCAUGGCGGAGUUGGUGGGGAGACCCAGUCACCGGAGCCAAUUGCAGCUAAUGGAAAGGGGGCUACGAGGGGCGACCCUGGCGUCACUGCUUUCACGCAGGGUGUUGCGCGAACUGAUGUCGGCCAGUCGUCGAGUGAUGCACGGUUCAGGCCAUACCCGGAAAUCGGUAGCAGCUCGCUGCCGGACUCGGCCUCGCAUGUUGAUGACGAGCAAUCAGCGGACAGACUGCCCCAGGCUGCAGCCGAGCCCGGCCGCCAGGACGACUCCCAGGCACAGCGGCGGCGGCGGCGAACACAGGCGUGCGAGUACUGCCACCAGAAGAAGAUUAAGUGUGAGGGUGAGGGUACCCGCUGCAUCAACUGCAUCAAAAACGACAUCCAGUGCAUUUGGGGCCAGAAGCGCAAGCGUGGGCCCAAGCCGAAGCCGCUGUCGGCGGUGCUCAGCAAGACUCGCUCCCGAGGGUCGCGUGCGCAGAGGGCAGCCAAGGGGGGCAAGGGCAAGCCGUCAAUUACCGUGGUUACUGGCGCUCCUGCGCAGGCGCUCGCACCAUCAGCAGAGUCUGAUGCUCGGUCACUAACGCCGGCGACGCCUAUACGCGAUGACCAAGUGUCUGAGUCGCCCGAGUACGCGGAUAUGGAUGCUGUGCCGGAGGGGCUGAAGGCGCCGUCGAUGCAUCGUGAGCUGCAGGAGUUCUUCUCGGGCAAGGUCGACCUUGAGACACGCGAGGCAGUGACCAUGUACUUUGACUACUUCUACCCGCUGUGUCCGAUAUUCCACCCGUCAAUGUUUAUCCGAAGGGUAGUGGAGAACGACGUCGACCCAAUUCUGAUUGACGCGAUGAAGGCGACGACGGCCCGGAUGCUCUCGGCGAAGACAGGGAGGUUUAUUGAUGGCGAUGCGCUGGCAGAGAGCACGCCGUCGAUCGACUACGUGCGUACAGUUGUCAUCAUGACACUGCUUGCCGGCUGUCGGGGCGAGCACUGGUCCUACAACUCGCUUAUCGUGCUGGCCGCCAGCCUGAUCGACCUGUAUCGCCGCCCGCCCCCGGCGACGUGGGAGGAAUGGGUCAACCUGCAGAUAAAGCGCCGUAUCUUUUGGAUAUCGAUGCUGACUGGCCGGGGAACAACUAUGAACGAGUCCAGCGUCUAUUGGGACGUUGUUCUCAAGCAGGGCACUGACGGGCCGUCGCUGGCCACCCAUGUCAACACAUCUGAUGCCCUGACUCGCGUCAAACACCGGCCGUCGCUGUCCUCGUCCGGCUCGUCGUCGUCUCUGAUGCAGUCGAUGCGCGUCGACCAGGACAUAAUUGUAGCAACUGGUGCCUUUUCAUACUCGUUCAUGGCGCUGAGCGAGCUGACAUCCAUCAUCUCCAACACCAACAUGUUCCUGUGCGAUGCCAAGGCCAGCCGCGACUCCCUGGGCGUGUUGUCCGGCUCGUCCUGGCCGAGCCUAUCGCCGUUCCGUGACAGCCCAUUUCCUGCGCUGAAUUUCCUCAACCAGACGCCAGGCACUGGUCGGCUCGCAUACCGGCCCAAGCGCACUGUCAGACUUCUCGACUACAAGCUGCAGGACUGGAAGCGCAACCUGUCAAUGCCAGCAGGGGAUAUCUCAUACUUUGGGCAGGCCGACCACCGCCGGUUCAUGAUGCGGGUGAGGUACUUUUGCCUGCACUGCUACUAUGUGCCCAUUGCAAUAUUCUUGCACCAAUCCAACCGUCCCUCGUUCUUCACCGACGAUCUGGACGCCGAUGGCAGUGCAGAGGCUCUGCGCGAAAUGCUCAACAUGGCCUUUGCCAAUACGUGGAAUGCGGGUUUAGUAGCGAAUGAUAUCGAGCCGAAAUCCUGGCAACGCAACCAGGACAUGCCGCUAGAGCGCUUCGACCAGGUCAUUCCCUUUUGCAUUUUCAUGUCGUCAUCUUGCCGGAGGAUCUUGGCCGAGCGCCCACCAGGCCAGAACCUGGACAAGCACCAGUGGACGACACUGAAGGGGCUGGGCGAGCUGUGGAACUCGAUGCAGAUUGAUGAGGUGACCAAUGCUGCUGACCUUUUCUCGUCCCUGUCGCUGUGA